CAUUUUUGGGCCUGGAGUUUCCCUGCAUGGUAAGCAGCUCAAUUCUAGAGAAGGUUGUAGCUCAACAGCAGACAAGUCAGAUGGCUUGGGCGAGGCUGUAGCAAGGGCAUGACCGCGAAUCAGCAGAGAGCCCUCACAAAGAAACAACAGAUCAACAUAGUGGUCAAAUUGCUGAACUCAAGACGAGACAGGGCCGAAGAACUGCGUGACAGGAUUGCCCAGGGGAAGGGCAUCCGUGCUCACGGACAGGAAUUUGAUCUAGCAACCCUCCGCGAGUCCUUGGAUUUAUGGGAGGCGCAGCAUGGGGAGGGGAAAGAUCAGCAGCCGCUGCCGGAGCAACUUCAGCCUCAGCCAAAAGAGCAACCGUGGAAGCAGUUGCCACCACGGCAACCCAAGCUUCCUCCUCAAGAGCAAGAAGUCGCAACACCACAGCGGAAAAGCGCAAAGCCGGGCUGUGAGAAGCACAUAUUUUCAAGCCCUCGAGAAGUCGCUCGAAACAAAGACGUUGAUGAAGCGGACACGCUGCGGCACCCAGCCUCGAAGCGCCCAGCCUCCCCAUCUGCGGGACACAGUUCGCUUGAGAAAGAAUCGCCGAAAAGCGCCAGAAGAGGAGCACGUUCGCCUGGGCAGGCUGAAGCAGAAAGCCUCACUGUCAAAGCCUUGAAAGCCCGACUGAGAGAGCAUGGCCUGCUGGGUGUCUUAGCGUCUGGGGGCUGCGUGGAGAAAGCAGAACUUCAGGCACUCUGGGAGAGGUUCGAAACAUGGCAGCAGCGACCCUUGCAAGAACUGCAGGAUCAAUGCGAAGCGCUGGGCGGUCCACGUUUUGACAACGCCUGUGACGCUGCCAAAUACUUGAUAAAGUCACAGUCCGAGCCCGGAAGGCCUAGCCAUUCAGCAGGAGCAGCUGGCGCUCCAAGCCGGUCAGCCGGAACUGGUGCUCCGAGUUUCAUGGCGGCGUCCAAAGCGUUCCCGGCACCGAAGACAUGGCGAAUUUGGGGCCAAACGCCGCCUUCGUCGGCGCCCACGGUGCCUCCGGCCAAUCCAAAAGUUGCACCAGUUGCAACCUCUCCGCCGAACAGGGAACAGGAUGCUCAGAAGGAAGCUAGUCGCAUACUUCCGCUGCGAAGGGAGUCCUUCAUGAAUCCCACUUCUUGGGGCUUUGCAGUCCUUCAGGUGCCUGCUGGCACUAAGGAGGUUUCUGCGGUACAGCGUGCCUAUCGAGCGUUGAUGAGGAAACUCCAUCCAGAUCGGGCCGGAGUGUCAGAGGAUGUGGUCAAAGCAGUGGAGAAGGUCAGAGAGGCCAAAGAGGCUUGCGAACGUGGGCUCUCUCGCCAGGAACCGCCGGAACAGCCUAGAGAGCUACGCUCGGAAGUUGUUUGCGCUGCUGCUGGACGAAGGCGGUUCAAACUUAGUUGGACAGCGCCAGCUGAAAAAGAUUCUGCGCCUAUCCGCAGAUAUGUGGUUGCAGCGCAUGAUCCUGCGUAUGGACGGGCAUUGACAAUCACUGUCUUGGAGCCCGACUACAGUGAGGAGUUGCGCAGCUUUGUGGCGAUUGAAGACCUCACGUCCUAUGUCAUGGCAGAGGAGGAUUUGCAGAAGAUGCCGAAACUUUGGACUCAGAGCGCCCUGCAAGUGCAGGUGGCUGCUGCCAACGAAGCCGGCCAGUCCAAAUGGACGACGCUCAAGAUCCCACUCACCGGCGCAUUGGCGGGGAUCGCCCUUUCAGCGCCAGCGCCGCCGGUGAUCUCUCCACCUGGUCUGGGUGGUUCUCGGCCUCCUGGCCCAGCCGGUGGCUUUACCAGUGCGGCCACCAUGCGGAAUAGGACCACUGCGCUGGGUGAGAAUGAUGUUGCUGCCUUCGACAAAGAGCUGCGAAAGCUCAAAGGGCAUGCGCGCUUGAGAGCCUUCUUGGAACCCCACAAGAAGAACAUUCUUCAAGAGUGGUUGCGAUCCGUGAACUGGUCUUCGAUGGGUUCCAAGCAGGACCUUGUGGAGAGAGUCAUUUUCAUCCGUGAGGCGAUGGUUUGUUGAGCACGGCUGGCUGGGGGGGUUGGCUUGGGGGUUGCCGAGAUUCAACAACAAUUUGCCGG